GGCCCGGCGCUGUUCGUAAGCGCGCUUUCCACUCGCACUGCCUGUGGACCCACCAUGAGGCGCCUGGGCUCGGUGCAGCGGAAAAUGCCGUGUGUGUUUGUGACGGAGGUGAAGGAGGAGCCUUCCACCAAAAGGGAGCAUCAGGUUACCACCUUUUGAGGAAAGUCCCUUAAGUAGUCGUAUAGUCACCGCAAAACAAGCUUUCCUACUUUUCACGAGUGUGGUGUCAAAGUGGAGAUUUUAGAAGACUUGCUUCACCUGUUCAAACCUGGGAACCGAUGACAGUGUUGACAACUAACCUAAAUAGGUCACUAAAGAUCAGACCUCGUGUAUUGUUACCAGUAAUUAACUACUUGAUUCUAAUUUUGGUGUUUCCAUCUCAAGGUUUUCUAUUCUCGCAGCAACGUGUUUUACACAUGGAGAGGGCCCUUAAUAAAUACUGGUGAAUGAUCCUGUAUCAGGAUAACUCUUUAAUACAUAGUAAAGUCCUGGAUAGCAAAAUCACCACUUAUCGGUUGGGUGCUUCAACUCAUCAUACAAAAUCAGCAUGUGCAUUUGACUCCACCUCCACUUCCCGUUAACAUCGUUCACACUGGCCUUCUUGUCUCCCAGGCUAAAAGACUUUUAAGGCCAAGACUGCUGUGUUAUUUCUAGUCCCAGUUUUUAGGACCUGGCACAUGCCAUUUAAAGUUUUGGCAACUGAAACUAUAAGUCACAAGGCAUUAGAUGCAGAUAUACACAGUGCAAUUCCAACAGAAAAAGUGGAUGGAACAUGUUGUUAUGUUACUACUUACAAAGUGUGUACUUGGGAUGCUUCCAUCUGUUGGCUGUUGGGAACAGUGGUGCUAUGAACAUGGUGUACAAAUAUCUGAGUCCCUGCUUUCAAUUCUUCGGGGUCAGCCAUACCUUUGGGCUCGGCUAGAUAGAAAACCUAACAAACUAGCUGAGAAAAGGUUUAAAAAUUUUCUACAUUCAAAACAAAACUCUAAAGAAUUUUUUUGGAAUGUUGAGGAGGACUUCAAACCUGUUCCAGAGUGCUGGAUACCAGCGAAGGAAAUAGAACAAUUAAAUGGAAAUCCAAUGCCUGAUGAAAAUGGACACAUUCCUGGUUGGGUACCAGUGGAGAAAAACAGCAAACAGUAUUGCUGGCAUUCCUCUGUAGUAAAUUAUGAAUUUGAAAUCGCCCUGGUACUGAGGCAUCAUUCUGAUGAUCCUGGUCUUUUGGAAAUUAGUGCAGUGCCACUCUCAGAUCUGUUAGAACAAACACUGGAGCUUAUAGGAACCAAUAUUAAUGGAAACCCAUAUGGGUUAGGAAGCAAGAAGCAUCCAUUACAUCUUCUUAUACCACAUGGAGCAUUUCAAAUAAGAAAUCUACCUACUUUGAAGCACAAUGAUCUGUUGUCCUGGUUUGAAGGUUGCAGAGAGGGUAAAAUUGAAGGAAUCGUGUGGCACUGCAGUGAUGGCUGUUUAAUCAAGGUCCAUCGCCAUCAUCUUGGUUUAUGCUGGCCAAUCCCAGAUACCUAUAUGAAUUCAAAACCAGUUGUUAUCAACAUGAAUCUGAACAAUUAUGUGUAUGCCUUUGAUGCUAAGUGCUUAUUUAAUCACUUUUCAAAAAUAGAUAAUCAGAAAUUUGGUAGGCUCAAAGAUAUAAUACUCAAUGUAUAAACUGGAAAUGCAAUUAAAAACCAGCUUCUUUGUUAUUAUA